AUGUCCCUCAGCGUCCUCACAUCUAAUGCAGGUAAAUGGACAUCAGCUGGGCUUAGACUUCUGGAGCCUGGGGAAGAAGAGGCUGUGGCGUCUGGUAUAGCAGCCAUACGGGAUCGAGGAUCAGAUCAGAUAGUGAGCACUCUGGAGGACAGUGCGACUUUGACUGUCCAGAUCUUGCAGAGAUUUGAAUGGAUCAUUCAUUUUUCGAAGUCCUCACUGAUUCCAACCGUUUGCAUGGGGCUGAUCCUGGACAUUUUCCAGGCCAUGGCUUUCUUUCAGAAAUUUCAGACUCUCCAGUAUAAGAAUGAGUUGGUUGACAGCAAGGACCAGGCUGCCCCUGUCCUGUUGGCUUUGGAAUCCAGCUCUGAUGUCAGGGAAGUCAUUCCUUCCUGUGUUUUGGGAGACCCUGACCAUAAACACCAGCUUGUCUGGGGGGGUUGCACUCUGUCAAUGCAACGGACUUGGCAGUCCCAAGUUUCUGUUAAAUUUGGCUUCUUGGUUGUUGUUUGUUGUGUUGUCUGCUGCCCAGUUGGAUUGCUGUUUGAUGUGCUGAAGUUUAAAAACGUCCUGUGUCCCUUUGUGGAUGAGAAAGAAAAUAUGAUUCUUUGUCGCCUCAAAAGACUUGUCAAGAAUCUUCUAGACACCAAUAUGGAUCGGCUGGAUGUAGUAGGUGAAAAUGAAGCACUGCAACAGUUCUUUGAAGGGCAAGAUGUACACAGAGCCUUGGAUAACCCCAUGGUGGACACAAGCAUGCUGGAAGAGUACAUCAGUAAUGACUUUGCUUUUGGGGUACUGAGUUCAUUUUCAUCAUCAAAGAAAAGGAAACAUUCUCACUUGGAAGAAGGAGAGAAAUGGCAGCAGACAUGGAGUAUUGAGACAAGACAAACACCACCUGCAGACUGUAUUAUGGAUGUUCAGGACUAUGAAAGUGAUGGCCAAGCUGUGUCUCCCACGGAUAAGUGUUAUCAGUCAUUAACAUGGAAACCCUUUCAGACAUCACACUGGAGUACCCUUUACAAGGACCUAUCUGAGCCAAUUCCUGCUGUAGGGUACCGAGUAAUCACAGACAAAGGAUUCAACUUCUCAGCAGUAGAUGAUGUCUAUGUAUGCCAGAAGAAGAACCAUUUCCAGGUCACAGUUCAUAUCAGAGUGCUUGGUCAUCCAAAAUAUAUCAAAACACAGCUGGGCUACAGUCUAAUUGAAAGCUUUUGUGUGAAAGUGUUUGGUGUCAAGGUUGAAGCUUUGAACCAGACAAUUACCAUUGAACAGUCUCAGUCAGAUCGCAGCAAGAGGGCUUUUAAUCCUGUUACGGUAAAUUUACCCCCUGACCAGGUCACUAAAGUAACGCUGGGAAGGUUACAUUUUAGUGAAACUACAGCAAACAACAUGAGGAAGAAAGGGAAACCAAAUCCAGAGCAGAGGUAUUUCAUGUUGGUGGUUGGUCUUUAUGCUGUAAGUAAUGAAGAGUCUUCCCUGGUGGUGGCCCAUGUCUCAGAAAGGAUCAUUGUAAGGGCAUCGAACCCUGGGCAGUUUGAGAAUGAUAGUGAUGUUCUAUGGCAGCGAGGGCAUGUUCCAGAGACGUUGGUGUCUCAUGGUCGGGUAGGAAUUAACACUGACACACCGGAUGAAGCAUUGGUUGUCUGUGGCAAUGUGAAAGUGAUGGGGACGGUCAUGCACCCAUCUGACAGUCGAGCAAAGAGGAACAUCCAGGAGGUUGACCCAGUGGAACAGCUCAGAAGAAUAGCCCAGAUGAGGCUGGUUCAGUAUGACUAUAAACCUGAGUUUGCAUCAGCUAUGGGAAUAGAGUCGCUUCAUGAAACAGGUAUAAUUGCUCAAGAAGUUAGGUGUGUUUUACCACAUGCUGUUAAAGAAACUGGCAACAUCAUAUGUGAAAAUGGAGAGACAAUUGAAAACUUUCUGAUGGUAGAUAAGGACCAGAUUUUUAUGGAAAAUGUAGGAGCAGUAAAACAGCUCUGCAAGCUCACAAAUGACCUUGAAAUGAGGAUUGAGGAACUUGAAGUAUGGAAUCAGAAGCUUGCUAAACUAAAACGCAUGAGCAGCCUAAAACAAACUGCUAGUGCUAGUGAGAGGCCUCCUUCAAGGCUUUCCUCCUCUCCUGAGCACUGCACCACCUUCAGCAUAGAACAGGGCUUGGCGCUGCCCCCUAAAAAGGCAGUUUUCCAUCCCCUGCAGCACACAAGUGAUGUGGCCACUUACAGUGGAGAUACCUUAGAGUUCUGGCUAAUAGGCGGGAUUGACACAUCGAUCAGUUCUAUACAGAUUGUAGAGAAUCAGCAAAUAAUCGAUCAUCACUACUGCAAAAAAAACCUGCAGUGUGGGUCUGGAGUUUACACCUAUGUCAUUCCAGUGAGCAAGUAUACUCCAACUAAUAUGCGCAUUACUUUAGAGAUUAACACUACAGAGCCACUGAUUGUCUACCAGUGUAAGAUGAUACUGGGAAAUAUCUGUAACCGAGGUGUUCACAUGAGGGAAAACAGGGAUGAUUCUACAGAGGCAACUCAGGGUCUUCAGCAUGACUGGAUCCUCCCUGUAGCCUAUCUAUUUGACAGUGAAUACCAUUUCCGUGUGGCUACUCCGGAUCUUGCAAAUUGUUCAACAGAUCCAAACUUUGCUGGAAUCCUGUACACAGAUUAUUAUUUUUACUUUCAUCGAGUAUGCAACUAG